CGUCACUCUGAGCCACGGGUAGCCGACGUCACGGCACUCCGCAUCGGAGUUUGGCGUCACUGGCGUAACUGCGGCUAUGCCGCAACUUUGAUCUCUUUCUUGAUGCACUCUUUGAUCCUCCAUAACCAGCUGGUUACGAUCUUCAACUUUCGAUAUGCCCUUCGAGUCCAAGUUCCCAAGCGUACCGAUUCCAGAUGUCGACCUCUGGGCAUUCCUGUUCGAGAGGAAAGAUAAGGGCUUCUCCGACGACAAAGUGAUCUAUUUUGACCCAUACACAAAGCGAUCAUACACGUAUGCCCAGGUCAGGGAUACCGCCAUCGAGUUCGGUAAGGGCCUCAGGGGUCUAUGGGAUUGGCAGAAGAACGAUGUUCUAGCACUGUACACACCUAACUGUAUCGACACACCAGCGAUCACAUGGGGGUGUCACUGGGCAGGAGGCGUCUUGAGCCCUGCCAACCCCAACUACACUGUCGAGGAGCUGGCAUUUCAACUGAAGGAUUCUGGCGCAAAGGCUAUCGUCACCCAGCUUCCGUAUAUCAAGAAUGCGCAAGCAGCGGCGAAGCAAGUGGGCAUCCCACUCGACAGGGUAAUCAUUAUGGGUGACCAGACAGAUCCCUCCCACACAGUCAAGCACUUCACAAGGAUCGUCAACACGGCCGAUUCGCCAAAGUGGAGAAGGACGAAGGCGAAGAACCCAACAGAGGAUUUGGCUUUCUUGGUCUACUCAUCCGGAACCACAGGUCAUCCCAAGGGUGUUAUGCUCACCCACCGUAACAUCGUCUCGAACACCAUGAUGAUCAAGGCUGCGGAGGCGGGUAACCUUCAGCCCACAGGCGGACCCACAGGCGAUGGCGAUAAGCUACUGGCUUUUUUGCCAUUCUUCCACAUCUACGGCCUUACAUGUAUGAUCCACCAGAGCAUCUACUCCGGUCUUCAGCUUGUUGUACUGCCCAGAUUCGAUCUCGAAGACUUCUGUCGCUUCAUUCAGGAGCUAAAGAUUACGUUCGCCUACGUCGUUCCGCCUGUCGUUCUGCUUCUCGGCAAGCACCCGGUAGUCGAAAAGUACGACCUGAGCACAAUACGUAUGAUGAAUUCUGGAGCUGCGCCCUUGACAAGAGAGCUAGUCGAAGCCGUCAACAAGAGGCUUGGGAUACCCAUCAAGCAAGGAUACGGUCUUUCGGAGACAAGUCCCACCACUCACACCCAGCCAUGGGAAGACUGGAACAAGACUAUUGGCUCUGUCGGUACGCUCCUGCCCUAUCAGACAGCGAAGUACAUGUCACCCGAGGAGAAGGAAUUGCCAACAGGCGAAGUUGGUGAGCUUUGGAUAAAGGGCCCUAAUGUUUUCAAGGGCUAUCUGAACAACCCUGAGGGCACGAAGAAUGCCUUGACUGAGGAUGGCUACUUCAAGACGGGUGACGUCGGUUACCAAGAUGAGGAUGGAAAUUUCUAUAUUACAGAUCGCGUCAAGGAGCUCAUCAAGUACAAGGGUUUUCAGGUACCGCCAGCCGAGCUUGAAGGUCUUCUUGUCGCACACCCCGGAAUUGAUGAUUGCGCUGUAAUAGGCGUCUAUGACAAGGACCAGGCAACUGAACUGCCAAGGGCCUAUGUUGUACCCAAGGGUGGCCUGGGCAAGGGCGAGAAGGAGGCAAAGGAGAUCAUCGAUUGGCUCGGCGCGAAGGUUGCCCACCACAAGAAGCUGAGAGGCGGUGUCCGGUUUGUUGACGAGAUCCCCAAGUCGGUGUCUGGCAAGAUUUUGAGGCGAGUGCUCAAGUUGAAAGCACAAGAAGAACAAGACAGUAGCGCGAAGGCAAAGCUCUAGAUAAUAAUGCGCGAAAACAUGUGUCGUUCUCCAUCACUCUUUCACCCACUCAUUUUGCGCUAGCCAGCUGCUGCUACCAAGUUACAAAAAUUCCAGUAUAUCAGGCCAUGGCAAAUUACUUUCGCGACUAUCAGUCGUCGCCACUUGCAUACUAAAGCUCCUCUCUAAACAGAACCCUCGCGUCUUCACAUUGGUAUCACCUCAAGCU